GUUAUUGUUCUAUACUAAGUUUCGGAAUUAAUAUUUGCUUUUCUCAUGAUUAGGCCACAUAUGGACCAUGCUACUGCUUUGUUAAGCUAUUGACUCAUACUGUGCUUUUUAUUUAAUACUUCCUGUACAUGCAAUGUUCCUUGAUUCCACUUUGUAAGCUGGUUAGUCUAAGUGUGACACAAAUAUGUGUAAUUGUUAAGAAUAAAGCCAAUAGGCUAGUCUAAUGUGGUGCUAGUUACCAGAUCUCUAUUGACUUUACAUACUCGCAUUGUAGUAAGCAAUUGGAAAGUCAAUUUGAAGAUAAGAGUUGUUAUCAGAACAGAGGAAUUAGUGCUUCAUUAUCUAACAUUAGUAAUUCAAAAUCAGUAAUUAUAUUUAAUAUAGAAAAACUAGAUAUAAAAUACUACAAAGUGGAAAUUAACUGCAUUUGGACUACCAGCUAAUAAAUGGAGGAACAACCAGGGGUAGCUAUUGCUCACAAGGAAAUAUUGGACAACAUUGAAUCACAACGAAUCCUUUUAAGAAGUGAAAGUCAGGAUGGUGAAACGGCGACAACCCAGCCAAACAAUGUUUUUGACAUUGACGGAAGUAAUCUUUCUGGGGCUUCGAUUGGAGCAAAAAAUUACAACUUGCAAAAACAGGACUUUGCAGGAGCAGAUUUGAAAGGAGCCCAUUUCGGAACUCGGAUAAUCAACAAAACGUACAUUACCAAAUACGAUACAGAUACAGAAAAAGAAUCAAAUGCGGAAAAAAAUUUUGCGGAUUUAUCCGAUUCUUUACGUGUAUUCAAAAGCGAUCCAAUAUGCGAAAGAGCACAUAUUUAUCGAGGCGAACAAAAAAGUAUGGUCACAGGUUCGAGGCCGAUUGUUAUCAAAUUCCUCCCAUAUAACAGCCAGAAUAUCAAAGAAGCAAAAAUAUUACUUAAGCUGGCGCAUCAUCCAAAUGUCGUGUCUAUUAUUCACUCAGACGUCUAUAAUGAAGGACCGUUUAGUAAACGUAUGUACAUUGCAAUGGAACUAUGUCACGCACAGAAUCUUGAAAAUUGGGUUAAAGAACAUAAACUAUCAAGGAAAUCAUUCGAAGCAGCUUUACGUAUUUCAAUGGCAAAAGAACUAAUAAAUGGUUUAGCGUUCAUACACUCAAAGAGCGUGAUUCAUCGAGAUCUCAAGCCUAGUAAUAUUUUACUCACUCACGAUAGGUUACACGUGAAAAUCACCGAUUUUGGUUUGAGCAAAGAAUUACGACAUGGUUGCUCUGUAACAGCUCAAAGUAUUGCACGUGUUGGAACCGAUGGAUUCAGGGCACCUGAAACAUAUCUACAUGAUAUUAUAUCUCAACAAGCCGAUAUAUUCUCUCUUGGUCUUGUCAUGUAUUUUCUAUGGAGUAAUGGACUGCAUCCAUUCGGUGCAGAACCUGAUUUGUGGAAUUAUAACAUAAAAAUGAGUAAAAAUCUAAACCUAGAGGGGCUCUUAAUAAAUCACGUGAAGAAGGCCACAAACAUGCUCAAUCGAAUGUUGAAAUUUGAACCAUACCAACGUCCAAGUGCAGAUGAACUCAAAGGUCAUGCGUUAUUCCAGUAUUCUGUAGUUUUUUCCUCGCAAGAUGAGGUUAUGUUGAUAUAUGACGAAUAUUCCGAGCAUUUUCACCUCUACAAUCCAGAAACUAAACAGUGGAAGGAAAUCCAGAUAUCACUGAGAGAUUUAAACUGCAAAUGGUUUUCAAUUGUUUCUUUGAAUGGAUACGUUUACAUGUUAGCAGGAUGUACAAAAUCAACUUAUCGUCUGAAAUAUACUGAUUCAUCUUCUACCUUGGAACGAAUGGCUGAUAUGUUGAAGGACCACGGAUUCUGUCCGCCUGCUGCGGCAUUAAAUGAUUGUAUCUAUGUCUGUGGAGGAAAUUUCCCUGUUACUACGUACGUUGCAGAAAUGUUUGAUUCCAGGAAAAAGACAUGGACAUAUAUUCAAGAUUUAGAGUUUGCAAGGACUUCUGUGAUUUUAGUGCCUGAAAAAGGCGGGAUCUAUUGUCUUGGAGGUCAAGAUACCGCAGGAAAUAUCUUGAAUUUGUCCUUGAAAUAUGAUCGCAAAUCUAACACUUGGCAGAAAAUCAAACACUUGUUGUCUAAAACUUGUCUUGGAAGUGCCGUUAAAUUGGACGACUUUAUAUAUGUUUCAGAUGAUAUUGGAAUUCAAAUGUUCGAUAUACCGAAUGAAACAUGGAGCUGUCUGGAAAUUGCAAGUGAAUGGCCUUUUAUAGAAGGAAAAUUCGUGAAAUCACUUGUUGUCAAUGGUGAACUGUUUCUUGUCGGAAUAACCACUCAGCGAAAGAAACUCAGUGUAUUCAAGUUCAACAUAGGCUCGCGUUCCCUGACACUUACGGACGAGAUAACAGGCAAACAAUUUUUUCGUCGUGCAUGGAUAGUCACUGCAAAGUAGACGGGAAGGAUUCAUAUAUAUCAAGAUUGUCAAGCUAUUCCAUAAACUCUAUCUAUAAGAUUGAUUUCAUUUUAUUUUAACAAUAAAGUUAUAUUUUUGUUGGCAUUGCUAAAAUCAAAUCAAAAUAACAUUAGUAAAUACUCGGAUUCGAGUCAAAUCCAUGCAUUUUUUGAGAAAAGUCAGACAUCUGAUAAUAUUGAAUUCAUUUACAGUACUUAUAUUUCUCCUAAUUCGGUCUUGUUAUUUGCGAGGGG